AGUGCACUCAGUCAAUGUCCCCUUUCUUUGAUGGAUAUCAUUUUAUUUUUUAAUUGACUGAGAUUUUUGGGCAGACUCUAUGAAUCAACCUCUAAUGAUUGCAACCACAAGCUCAUGUUCACUUCAUUCUGACCUUUAUCCCUUUUUCAUCAUUGUUUAUACUCCGACGGAGAGAGAGAGGAAACCAGAAACACACAGCCUUUUACCAUGCACACCCGAGCGAUGAAUCCUAUCCAAAAUAUACCAAGCCCCAAGACCAGCUAUUGUGUUGAGUAUGUUGGAUGUCAGCGUUGGUUCUUUUAGACAUUUUUAGCAAGCGCGGAUGUUACUGGUAUGUCGAUCCACUUUGGCGUUUCCAUUCAGUACUCCAUGCAAUCAAUAACUCAUGGAAUGGUGGUAGAGAGUGUUUAGGCGGUUUGUUCCAAGAAAAAAAUUGUCGUCCCCUUUUGACUCAAUAAAAAGACUCACUGUCACUCAAAAUAGAACGCAAUGUCAGUAGAAGCCUCCCUCAUACUUAAACAACACUGAGUGUUAUACAGUCUGAGAUUGGCGAAAUAAAUAAGUUAAAAUUAAAAUAAAAUCUAAAGAAUUCGAGUAUGUACCUGAGAACGGAGGGAGUUUUGAACGACAGACUUAAGUGUUGAUCGAUGCCCAUGAAGAAGGGAAGUGUUGACUGACACCUAGUGGGUGUCGACCAAUGCUGGUACUCAACUCUUCUUCUUCAUUAUUUUGAAUAGAGAAAUUACCUUUUGUUGGUUGUCUCCAGCUCAUCGCUUGUUUACAUUCAUUAGCUCGACGUUGGAGAUCAGAUUCAGUUUAGAUGAGAUUGGAAACUUGCUCCAAAACCAUUCUCAAUGUCCAAUAUCUUCAGCUUCAACCCAUUACUCAUGAAAGCCUUCAUAGAGUACCCUUAUUCUUUGUCUAUCAUCUCAGAAGUGAAAACCAAUCAAAUUUUUGCAAAUGGGUAUGAGAAACCUCUGCUAUGCACUAUGUACUCUAUGACACCUUCUGAGAAGCUCUGAGGAAUCAGUGUCAACCCCCCCCCCCCCCCCCCCCCCCCCCUUUGUGAACUGGAUGGCUUACUUGUGAAUUUGAGUUCUAGGAUUGUUCCUAACAAACCUUUAGCAUCUAUUUAUUUAAGUUUUGAGUACAUAUUUGAACAUCCAUGAGUGGCAACUGAGUCUAGCAUUUUUCCCAAUCGUUUUCAACUUCAUUUACUCUAUGUUGUUUACUGCUUUCUUAUUUACUGUAUAGUUUAAUCUGAAACUAAAGUCUAUUGUGUAAAAUAUUGAGUAUAUGUGGAUAAGAUCCUCAGGUACUAUGAUGUCAAUAUUAUUUGAUAGAGUUGCUUGAUGUAAUUUGAGUAUAUCAGUCAUCUAUAAAUAAAUGAUAGUUAAUCUUUAAAAAACACAUUCGCAAUCACACAUAGUCGGCAGAAGAACUAAAGGUUAUAGGGUAGGUUAUAUGGCUUGAGUAUUUUUGCCGAGUUCUUUAUUCUCUAACGAUUUUAUUAUUAUUUUUUCAUAAUCAACAAUUUUUUUUUAUCUUGAAUAUGACAAAUUUAGACUAAACAAAUUUUUCAAAAAAGAAAGCUGCAAUAAAAAAAGGAUAGCGAAGGAGGGAAGAGAUUAGGUGAAAAGUAUGGGCUACAGCUGCAACUCGAUGUACAAAUAAUCCGUGACAAAUAAAGAUUGUUUAGGUCGAGAAAAAGUGUGCGCAUUGAAUUCUUCCAAACUUUAAAUCCGUUGAAAUUGAAACUUAAGAGUAGUGGCAAAAUAUUUUAUGUAUCAUAAUACCCUGAAACAUGGCUACGAAGAUGUGACAGAGUCAAAAAUGGCUACGAAGGCGUCACAUUUUUUUCUUCUUCUAUAUUUGCUUCUUCUGUGUUUAUCUUAUUCCUCUCAAGUUCGAGCAACACACCGCAUACUAGUAGUUGCCUCAAUAUUCACACCACCAUCUCCUACCUGCGGAGGUCAAAUCGGAAAACUCGUCUUCGAGGAAGCCAACAGUAAGGCAAGAAAACGAAAGCCUUGUAGACGACAUCCUCCACGACCACAAUUGAAAACGUAGGAUGCGUGUAUAAAUGUGUAACACCUUCAACUCCCGUCAAAUGUAAAAUACCACACCUCGCUAUUUACUAAUCGACGUCAAGUUAUUAGACACGUACCCAUUAUUUGUCGUCUAUACUCUAUAUUACGUGCUACAUGACUUUUAUUUUCUACAUUUCAGAAAAUAGGUUUCUACUUUCUAGGUUCGAGUCGGUUCUUUCAUCACUUCGACUAACCGAAAUUGGAACUAUAUGUAACUUUGAACGUUGACUAUUAUCAUUGUUUGUAUCGUAUCUCUUUAUAUUAUUCUUACUCAUGACAUUACAUAAUCUAUAAAAAAAGCUUGGCAGAAAGUCCUUUUCCUGACGUAGAAGAUAAAAUUACGUUGAAUGGAAAAGGUUGAUAUUGAAUGAUGCUUCCUUUGCUAUAUAAAUCAUGGGCUUGUCCUGUAAUGGCAAUGUGACAAACGAAGUCUAACACUUACCCCAAAAUGGUUACACAAACAUCACGCACUGUUUAUCUGCUAUCUUAUAUGCUUCUUCUGCUUUUGUUUAUCUCCUCUCAAGUUGGAGUCUGCGAAGCUAUACGCUACGAACUAGGCCCAAAGUCCUCGCCGUGUCCACCAUCGUAUCCCAUGUCUUAUCCGCCUCCUGGACCGCCCUCCAUUUAUUUUCCGCCUUCUAAAUCGCGAAAAGGAAGAGGUCCAUAAAUAAAGUCCGCCUCUGGAUCUUCUCCCUAACUCCAUUAUGUUUUUUCACUUUUUUGGCUAUAGUGGUGCUUUUUGAUUUUGUAAAUCUAACUCUUUCAUUAAUUUGAAUAUUAACAAUUUAGCAAAAAAAAAAUUAAUUAGGUGUAGUUAUAUUCUUUACGAUGUUUCAAAAAUCUUUUCAUAUGGAAUUUUCUUAUGUUGGUUGUCCAGUUUCGGUUUAGAUGUCUAGAACUACCUUUAGUUUAAGUAAUAGAAUGAUCGUUUGAUAUAAAAAAAAGGUGUUGUGUUAAAAAUAUAUUUGAAAAAAUUUCUACAACUAAAUUAUUUGAUGGUUGACGCAAAUAGAAGAUUACUAUAUCUCAAUUUAUGAUCACUCUUUUGUGAAUACGGUUUGUUUCAAGUUUACAUUGUUGACUAUUUGGGCCAUAAAACAACAAAGCAAAACCAGUGUUCUUUUUUUUUUAACGUGUUCAUACAUGCCAAAAACAAAACAAAAACAUGUGAAAGUCGUAACGCGGGAACAAAAAAUCAAACAAGUGGCAAGUACAUCAGUUAGGCGUUGGUUAUAAAUGUACAUCAAAUUAUGAAAAUUUAUAUAUAUUUAUAGUUAUUUGAAACUAGAAGAGCGCAAGGCAAUGAAGACAUCAGUUGUUCCAUUCCUUCGUCUGCUUCUUUGUGUAUUCUUUGUGAUCGAUCUUGCAGGAACAACAAUACCAGGUGGUAAAAUGGUUCCGGAAAUAAGCACUCCGCCAUCAGGAUCAUGUGGAGCUGCUAUUGCAAAAGACGAUUCACCACAAACACUAGCUAGAAGACCACCAUGUAGACGUCCUCGAUUGCAAAACUCAGAAGAUGUAACCCACACUACACUCCCUUGAACUAUAAGAGAAAUACUCGAUCUGCAUGACUGCAUGAAUUGUUGUUUAUGAAUUCUUGAAGCAAUACUUGUUGAACCGUGAUUUUAACAAUAUGACAAAACUGAAUAAGUGUGUAAUAUAAUAAUAUAAACAGAAUAAAAAUUAAAAUAACUGAUACCAAACUUUUUAAAAAGAACGAUCAUGUGUGGUGGUAAUUGUCCUUAUUGUGACGGUUUUGAUCCAAUCAAAAUCCUGAUAUACAUCCAUAUUUUGACUAUUAUACAAUACUCAAGAAUAUAAAGGCUAACAAACCAGAAAUCUUUUAUUUUCUUUAUAAACCUAAAUCUAUAUUGUACGCUCAACUUAAAAAAAAAAACAAAGAAGGAGAUUGUGUUUGAUUUGUUGCAAGUGUGUAUGAGAACUGGAGACCUUUUUUCCUUAUAUCAAUUAAAGGGAGAAUGAGAAUCCAUUAUCAUAAUAUAUAAAUUAAUAAUAAUUAACAACUUUCUGUUACAAAAUCAAGUUGAUAAAUCACUUAAUCAUUCAUUAAUUCACAUAACCAUCAUAACUGGAGAUAUUAUAUCAAAUUUUGAAAAACAAAAAUCAAAAGAAUUUAUCUAAAAUAGUUUUUUCAUCUGUUGGAAUAUUUGCCAAAUUCUGAAGCCGGAAAUCUAAAUCUGGGUCGGAUAUCUCUUCUUCAUAAUAUACUGAUGUGUAUUCAAAGGUUUGAGCUUUGUUAUAAUUCUCAACUUUAUAUACAUGAUGAUGAUAGUUGAAAAAAAAUAUAUUUACAUGAUGCUUUUUACCACCCAUUUCUAAUAGAAAUUUUUACUCUCUAGGACACAUUAUGUCUUUCCAAUUACACAUUAAGACACUUGUUGCUGGAGGCAUAUUUUCUCUAUGUGUAUUUUUCUAGAUGUCCUCAUCUACACUUUCCAAAAUUAAUUUAUUAUUAAAUUUCCAAAAGUCUGUAUAUCAAUUUACAAUCUCAGAUCUACUUUUUCAUUUACUUUCCCCAGUUCUCUAACUUUAAUUUCACCAAACUCUCUUCUUCUUUUUCAUCAAUGAAGACUACGAUUAAGCUUUUAUCCUUGCCACAUGUCUGAUUUUGUUAUUUCUCUCCACCUCUUAUGUCUUUCUACAUAUUUUCCAUUUUCGUCUACUUUUCAUCGAGACGUUUUUCAUCUCUGUAUCAUAUCAUGAGGAAAUAAAAAGCACAAAAUAUUGUUUGAUUUUAAUUUUUCACUUUACUGUUAUUUUCCUUUUUUCUCUGUAAAUAGCGAACCAUGGUCAAAUCAAAGUCGAAGAAGAAAAAGAAGUUUGUUAGUCAACCAACUUCACAUGAGCUCGUCAUCGGAGAUUUGUAUUUCGUUUACCUUAACUCUUUUCUCCUUUCAAGAGUUGUAGAUCUAUAGAUCUAUAAUAAUAGCGACAAAGAGUGGGUUUUUAAUCAUUUUCCUUGUCAUUUUUUUGCUUAUACUUGACAACUGUCUCUCUUAACGUGUUGAAAGUUUGUAACUUUGAAGAACAUUUGGAAAGACUAGCACAACAUAGUUCAGAAAACUUAACACAAUGUUUGGAGGGACAAAUAGAACAUAAUCCGAGACACAUUUGAAGGGGAAAUACUUUGUGACUAUAAAAGAUGUAAGAGUCUGCUACUGAUUUGGAAAAAGAAGCUUUGAAUCUUUGUAUGAUUUGUCUACAAACAAUCUUGUCCACAAAAUUUUGUACAUAAAAUUUGUAAGGCUAAGAUUUUUGUCUAUAAAAUAUUGUACACUAAAUGUCUAUGCCAUAUCAGUAGAUGUUUUAAACUUGUCCAUCAAAAAUGUAUCUACAAAAUACUAAAAAACUAUCCACAAAACAUAUGUCCACAACUAUUUCAAAUGUGUCCAUAAGAAAUGUAUCCACAAAUUCUGUGUCCACAAACAUCAAAAUACACCGUAUGAAAUUUAAAUUUGAUUUUUAAAAAUAUUAAAAUACAUAUAUACAUAUGGAUAUCAAAAUAUAAAUAAAAAAAUUAAUGAUUUAUUUAUGUGAUUAUAUAUUUAUUUAUAUAGUAUAAUAUAAAAUGAUGACACAUAUAACAUAUUGGAGAAUUUAAAAAGUUACUUUUAAUACAUAUUCGCUCUCUUUUAUUUUUUGUAUGUGCUUUCAUUUCUUUUUAGAUGCCAAUCGUGCUUUCAUUUCUUUUUAGAUGUCAAUCGUGCUUUCUAUUUCUUUUUAGAUAAAAUAUACACUCUCUUUUUGUAACUUAAAAGCUCUGGUCCCCACAAACUAAAUAAAAUCAAACAAACAAAAAGAAAAGAGUUUUUUACUUCCAUUAACCAAACGUAAAGGGUACUGCUGUAAAACCACAUGGGUUGGAAAAGGACAAUGUGUCCCUCCAGUGGGAAGUGUCUUAUCAUGACAAAAAAGAGAAAAAUGUGUCUGAUAAGGUAACGCACUCUUUCUAAUAUGGCACACAAAUAUUGUAUUUUAAAUUUUACAAGCAAUCUACUUUUGAUUUUCAUUUUUCAUUAAAACGAAUAUUUAUAUAUGAAUAAACAAGGGGAAUUGCAUCCUACAUCAAUCAAACAAAUUAUAAUUCAUCCACUAACUAAAAACCCUGUUUUUUCAAUAUACACUAUACACAUUAUAGAUUAUUGUCAUAUUACCCUUGCAACCAACCGGUGAAACCUGCUAACAAAAAUAAUUAAAAAAUAUAUAAAAAACUUUUAGCACAUCUUCUAAUCCAUCACCACCACCUCCACGUCUGUACUCCACCAUCUCAUUCCAGUGUUUCUCUUUCUUCUUCAGAUUAUCAAAAAAAAUCAUACAUUUUCUCCUGUCACAUAAUUCUUCUCUUUCAAUACUUCACCAAAAGAACAAUCAAUUGUUCUAAAGAAGACGGUGAGUACACACAACAACUCUUUCAUUUUUUUUUUAAAUCAAUUGAUUCUCACAAUCAUGCUUUUGUUUUCAUACUCUGUUUUUUUUCUGUUUUCUUUUCUGUUUUUGUUUUAAAGAUCCAGUGGUGAAGAACAGACAGCGAUGAAAGCGUAGACGGUAAGCACACACAAAAUCUUUUUCUUUUUUUUCUCCUUUUUUUCUUAAAUCAAUUGAUUCUCACAAUCAUGAUUUUGUUUACAUACUAUGUUUUUGUUUUUGAUUUUGUUUUACAGAUCUAGUGGUGAAGAACGACGACGGCGAAUCAGUUAAAGCAUCAUCGUGUCGGGAAAAAGAGAGGAGAUGAAGAUGAUCUCUAUAUGGUGGUGAACGAAAUGAAUGUGUAUCAGCCUGUCUAAAAAAAGAAGAAUUGAAGAAGAUGAAUUCGCCGUCUAUACUAUAUUUGGUGAAAUGAAUAGUAUAGUAUAUAUUUUUAAGUGUAGCUACUUAUGUACGGUUACCAUACUAUUUGAGACA